UGCCGCUCUACUUCCGCCAUAUUUGAAAAUUUGAAUGUAGACGACGGGACUCUCGGCCACGUUUUCUUGUGUGUUGUCCGCCUGUGCAGGAGUACACCCAACCUGGCAUAUUCUGCAAUGGAUUUUCAAGAACCAAUGACAUUAGGAUCUCCUGCAUCCCCAAAGCCUGCAACUGGAGCCCAGUUCUUGCCAGGAUAUUUAAUGGGGGAUCUGCCAGCUCCUGUCUCUCCUCAGCCUCGUGCAUUUGCAGUGGCUUCUGGGAUAGGUUUGGAAAUGAGGUCACCGCUUAUAGCAGGUGCUACUCCUCCUCAACCCGUUGUUCCAACUCCAAAGGACAAAAGUGGGGCACCUCCAGUUAGAAGUAUAUAUGAAGAGCUUUCAAGUCCAGGAAUUGGGAUGACCCCGCUAAGUUCAAAAAAACAAGCCUCCUUUUCUCUCAUGCAGACACCAGGUAAUGCUGGAAUAGCAUCAGGAAUGUUCAGCCCCUCUACCAUCGGACAGCAAAGGAAGGCCACUCUCUCUCCUGCACAGGUGGACCCUUUCUAUACACAAGGAGAUGCCCUUUCUUCUGAGGAUCAUCUUGAUGAUACAUGGGUUACUGUUUUUGGAUUUCCCCCUGCCUCAGCCUCUUACAUCUUACUGCAGUUUGCACAGUAUGGAAAUGUAUUGAAACAUGUGAUGUCAAACAAUGGAAAUUGGAUGCAUAUUCAGUAUCAGUCAAAACUCCAAGCAAGGAAAGCACUAAGUAAAGAUGGUAAAAUCUUUGGAGAAACUAUAAUGAUUGGAGUCAAACCCUGUAUUGAUAAGGUCAGUAAAAGUGUCAUGGAAAAUGUGGAUCAUAGCAUAGCAUUUUCAAGUUCCUCAGCAUUUACUCCUGUUAAAAGUUCAGGAACUCCAUCUAGUUCUGUCAAUACACCACGGUCUACAUCUAUGAGGCCAUUAGCUGCUGCGUACAAAGCUUCUAGUAGUGACUAUCAGGUUGUUUCUGACCGACAGACACCAAGAAAAGAUGAGAGUCUUGUUUCAAAAGCAAUGGAGUUUAUGUUUGGCUGGUAGCGAUUUUUCUGCUGCACUCCUGAAAUAAAGUGAUAAACAGUACAUUAGCCUAACUGGCUUUACUGGUACUGUGUGAACUGGUUAGUUAUAUAACCAUUACUCACUAAUGACGUUUCUGCCAAAAUUAUGCAUUUUGUUACCAAUGACAUGUAGAUAGCUUCUUGGGUUAUUCAACAAAGGUAAAACACUUAAUGGUAACGCAGUAACUUUGGGUGGUGGAGCAGUUAGAGAGUACAUGAUGAUGUCUUUUUAUUUAUUUUUAACAAAGGACCACAUUAAAAUAUAAACAAGGAUGGCUAUAUCAUAAAGCAACACUUUGCUCCCAUAUAUGAAUUCAUUUAAAUGCCUCCUCUGAACAAUUCAAAGGUUUGAGGAAAGCACUUUACACCAUUUUCUGUCUCUCCAUGUCCUUUUUAUGUGGGGGGAAAUUUGACAUCUCCAGAAUGUUUACUGACCCUUGAUAACGAGCAGACUUUCUUGGCGUUGCUUCGUGUUUUAAAUAUAUGGGGCAUCUACAACCCAUCAGACUCUUAGUCAGACUAUUGUGCAGCACAAGCUUUGGCCCAUAAAGAAGAAAUUUCCAUUGGUAUAUUUAUAUAACCAGGCACGCAAAGUUUUUACGGAGUAUCUUCAUAAAUACAGUUGCAUCUGUGUAGUCAGACCUCAAAAAGCAGUGGAAAAGAAAAGGAGGCAAGUGGUGCAGGCCAUAUUGACGUUGGUCACAAGUUCAUAUUUUUAAUCCCCUUUAAAAAUGUGUCUGAAGGAGCAUGUAUCAUUUGACUGUGUUGGUUUUUGCUGUGAUCAAGAGAAAAUUGAUUGUUGGUUUAAUGCUUUGCAAAAAAUACUUCCUAGUGUGACAUUCUGUUGACAGACUGACAGGCUGUGAAAUUGCAUUUUUGCAAAAAAUAUCUUGGUUGCCCGUCAUUAUAAAUCUUAAACGCAUUAUGCUUAAAAUGGAAGUGUGGCACAAAUAGAUGGAGUUGGUGGGUCUUAUGAGAUGACCUUGACAGUAAUACAGUUUUGGUUGUGACACGUACUAAAACUAGAAGAUGCUCAUGAACAGUGUCAUUUUAUACUCUCUGCCAAGCAGACUGAUUUAAGCACAUUUUUAAAAAGAAAGUAGGCUCUUGGUUUGUCUUUUUUAUUAUAGAACAAUUUAUGAGAUCUCAGCUCUUUAUUUCUUUAAUUUAUGGUUAUGCAUAUGGUGUCAGAUUGUCUCCUAUCUUGCUUUGUAUACUUUAUAAUAAAGUGGUGAAGUGAAAGUUGACUUCCGUGUCUGAAUGUGGUAACGGUUAUUGAAAUUAAUUGUCUGUUAUUGAAAUUUCUAACAGCAUGACUGUUAUCAGAGCCCCUUUGCCCAACUUAACAUGUGAUGGUUGGUUAUUGAAAAGUGGUUAGGUGUUAUCAUAUGAGGGAUUUCACCAUACCUCAUUGAUAAAGAAACAUUACAAUUCCCAGGUCACUGCUCAUCACCUGCCUAAUACCAUCCCUAUGUUACUGUGUGGUGCUGGUAGCAGUAUCGUGCCAUGGAGUGCUUCUCUGCGAAAGGCACAGGGAAACUGGUCGGGAUGGAGGGAAGAAUAAAUUCAAUCAAGCACAGUGAGGUUCUUAAAGAAAAUCUGCUCCAGAGUGCAUUCCGCCGCAGACAGGGGCUUCAGUUCAGCUUUUACCUCGACGCUGACCAGAAGCAUACAGUACAGCUAAGAUAAUUCUGGAGUGCCUUUGAGACAUCUUUUAUACUGUCCUCGAAUUGCCCAACCAAAGCCAAACGUCAAGAGGAACCAGAACCAUUAAGCCGUCCCUGUUACCUGUCUGUCUAUGCAGCUUGUUUGCUUCAAUUGACCCAAUGUGUUUAGAUUCAAAUCAAAUUGUAAUCACAUGAUUCAAUUUUCUGAUUGUUUUUUUACUCUACAUUUGUGUGUACUAAGUAUAAGUUAGUGUACUUAAUUCUAUUUUAUUGCACAGUACAAUUAAUUCAGUUGUAAAAUCUUCAAGUGACUUCCUGCAAUAUCGCUAAAGUGUAAUUUACAUGACA